AUGAAUCCAUCAAACUUGCCAGAGUCAACCAGUGGCAGUGGCACGGCCAAAUCCGGGCGCCACCCCAUUUAUCGAGGUGUUCGACAGAGAAAAGGUGGGAAAUGGGUCUCCGAGAUACGUGAGCCAGGAAAAUCAACACGGAUAUGGCUCGGGACGUUUGCCACCCCAGAGAUGGCUGCCAUAGCAUACGACGUAGCGGCCUUAGCCCUAAAGGGCAAACAUGGUACGAUAUUCAACUUUCCAGACUCUGUACCAGAUCUCCCUUUUCCAGCCUCAAAUUCCCCUUUUGAUAUUCGGGUUGUAGCUGCUUCUACCGCAGAAGCAGUCUCUUUGUCGAGAAAAUCGGAUUCUAAACUCCAAAAAACCGACUCCAGGACAACUGCCCAAACGACUUCCAGAAAUUCUGACAUGACUGAGUUUAUGGAUGAGGAGUUGAUAUUUGACAUGCCAAAUCUGCUGGUGAACAUGGCUGAGGGCAUGAUGCUCAGUCCUCCCAGGCUUGAUGAGGGGGAGGGUGGUGGUUGUGGAGAUGACAAUUUGUGGAACUAUAAGGAGGAGCCAUGA